CAUAGUUUCUUUUCUCUCAACAAAUGCCUUUAGAAAGCCGCCUUUUCAUUUUUAACUGGUUCAAUUCAAGUAACAGAAACCCCUACUUUCGGAUUCUCCUUGUUUGUAACUUAAUACUGGAAUUGAUUGGGAUUUCAUUUUUUGUAAUUGUGAUAUCUGCUUUUGUGGUUUUUUAUUGAUUAAUGUCAUAGUGGAAUGAAACUCUUCUAUAAUGCGAAGGCCAUCCGGCUACGAGGCCAUCAGGAUAAAUAUCUGCUUGCAGAUGAGGAUGAGGAAUCUGUGUGUCAAGAACGGAACGGCUCAUCACAGAAUGCCAGGUGGAUCGUUGAGUUCCUCAAAGAGCCAAACUUGAUCCGUCGCAAGAGCUGCUACGGAAAAUACCUCACCGCCUCCGACGUUCCCUUCCUUCUUGGGAUGAUGACUAGUCACAUGAUCCUUCAGACACUGCCUAGUAGAUUGGAUUCCUCUGUGGAGUUGGAGUCCCUCAGGGAAGGCUUCCAGGUUAGGCUUAAGACACGCCAUAGCAACUUCCUGCGUGCAAAUGGAGGUCUCCCUCCCUGGCGAAACUCCAUCACCCACGAUACCCCUCAUAUAAGUGCCACUAAGGAUUGGAUCCUCUGGGACGUCGAUAUUGUCGAGAUUAGAGUCGAUUCGCCAAUUCGUCCAUCCCCACCAGUGGUUAACCAAAAGGGAGGGAGACCCCAAUCGAUUCUUCAGCUUCUCCAUCCUCAGUAGUUAACCCAAACGGAGGGAGACCCCCAAUUGAUGCUCUCCUCCAUUUCCAGUGGUUAACCGAAAUCAACAUUCUGGACCUCGCUGGCAACAACCCUCUCACCACCUCCGCCUUCAGUGUGGAGAAAAAUCCUUCCUUUCUCUCCAAGCUCGCCGGCCGUUGACCGCCGUGAACAGAGUCGACUGAGUUGAAAGGGGCAGCAACAACCUGAGUUUAGAGGUGAAGAUGUUUAAAGGGUAAAAUGGUCAUUGAUUUAUGAUGCUUUGGAUGAAGAUAUCAUAAAGGUAAAAUCAUCAUUACAAUUUAAAAAAGCUAACACCUCACUUUGGUGUUAGAUGGGAUGGAUUUAUUUAUAAUAAACAAAAUGCGAGGGGUGUAAGUAAUGAGGAUAAACACGAGGGGAGGUGGAUGUAAAUUUUCUUAAAUUUUUUAACCCUCAUAUUUUCUUAUUCAAA